UCGCGAAGCGCAGUGCCGAAGUUCGACCCCUGGCUGGGAAUAAAAUCAUCUCACCGCGAUCACGCACUUGUUCAAUUUCGUUUGAAAUCUCGUUGAGUUCGGCGGUUGGAAAAAGAAACAAAUCAGACACCAUGGUUGACGCAGCUGUACUGGAAAAGAUGGAGGCUGGCUUCGCCAAGCUGGCUGCCUCGGACUCCAAGUCCCUGCUGAAGAAGUACUUGACCAAGGAGGUCUUCGAUGCUCUGAAGAACAAGAAGACUUCCUUCGGCUCGACUCUGCUGGACUGCGUCCAAUCUGGUUUCGAGAACCCAGAUUCCGGCGUCGGCAUCUACGCUCCGGAUGCUGAGUCGUACACCGUGUUCGCCGAUUUGUUCGACCCGAUCAUUGAGGACUACCACAAGGGCUUCAAGAAGACCGACAAGCACCCGGCCCGUGACUUCGGUGAUGUGAAUGCCUUUAGCAACGUUGACCCGACCGGCGAGUACGUCGUGUCGACCCGCGUCCGUUGCGGUCGCUCGAUGGAGGGCUACCCAUUCAACCCCUGCCUGACCGAGGCCCAGUACAAGGAGAUGGAGGAGAAGGUUUCCUCCACCCUGUCCGGACUGGAGGGUGAGCUGAAGGGCAAGUUCUUCCCGCUGACCGGUAUGGACAAGGCCGUCCAGCAGCAGCUGAUCGACGAUCACUUCCUGUUCAAGGAGGGCGAUCGCUUCCUGCAGGCCGCCAACGCGUGCCGCUUCUGGCCGUCCGGUCGCGGUAUCUACCACAACGACAACAAGACCUUCCUGGUCUGGUGCAACGAGGAGGACCAUCUCCGCAUCAUCUCGAUGCAGAUGGGUGGCGAUCUCGGCCAGGUCUACCGUCGUCUGGUGACCGCCGUCAACGACAUCGAGAAGCGCAUCCCGUUCUCGCACAACGACCGUCUUGGCUUCCUGACCUUCUGCCCGACCAACCUUGGCACCACCAUCCGCGCCUCGGUGCACAUUAAGGUCCCGAAGCUGGCCAAGGACUACGCGAAGCUGGAGGCUACCGCCGACAAGUACAACCUGCAGGUCCGUGGCACCCGCGGUGAACACUCCGAGGCUGAGGGUGGCAUCUACGACAUCUCGAACAAGCGCCGCAUGGGACUGACCGAGUUCCAGGCCGUCAAGGAGAUGUACGAUGGCAUCACGGAGAUCAUCAAGGCUGAGAAGGCGGCGCAGUAAGGUGUGGUGCUGAACACUGCAGCAGCCCCCUUUCCUUACACGACGUUUCCUCUUACCGACACACACGAUGAUACACGACGAUAAUAGCCGAUGGUGAUAUGGAUUGGAUGGAUGUGUGAUUCCAGCCGAAAACUGAACUCAAUACCCACUGAACAAAAAACACAUCCACACACCCGCGUGCGUUCCCCCGCCACUCUCCCCUUUCAACCUUUCUCGUUCGCCCUCGUUAUGCGUUCCUCCCUUCCGUGACGGAAUCGUUUGAAUGAUGUUUUUGCUCUUGACGCGUGAUCUUCGUACCACGCGUAAAGAACCUUCGCGUAAACGGCGAACAUUCCCACGCGGAAGUAACACGGCAUUACACCAAGUGUAAUAGAAGGACAUCGUACUUGUGUCGAUGGGGAGGGAAGGAUCCAUACCAGCGUUACGCUUCAUCCUCCCACAUACCUUGCACAUUGAUGUGGGCUCGGACUGAAACGUAUGGUUUUGUAUGUGUGUGUGUGUGUGUAUGUGUGUGAACAGCAACGUAUUUAUUAAGACAUAAUACUGCUGCAUGGACAUAUUAUGCUCCAUAUGCAUCGAGGCGCGCAGGAACAAAGGGAUAAUCAAAUAACAGCUGGCUGUUGUAAAGGGGGACCGGUGAUCUAACUUUACAAGGGGAGAUUAAGAGCGGGUGUACACAACAGCAGCAAAACACGCUCUCGCACAGCCAACAACAACAGAACAACCGCCAGCACACAUAAUAUUUGCGAGUAAAAGUGGUAAAGAUAAACCAGGAGCAAAACACACAUUUAAUGGAGUAAGCAACAAAGUGAAUUAAAAAUAAUAAAAAAAAAACAAACAAAAAA